AAAUACUCCAAUGUGAAAUGCGAGGCGUGUAGGCAGCAGUGGUCCACCUGCACACGCCCCCUGCUUUAUGUCACUGGCUUGCGCUUUGUGACUUGCGUUUGUUGCGCUUGGAAAGGACGCCGCCGUAGGCUGCAUCUUCCAGGAUGCCUCUGGCUCGUAGUCUUUCGAUUACCUCCCUGUCGGGGAUGGAUGACUGGGAUGAGGAAUUUGACUUAGAGGAUGCUGUGCUGUUUGAAAUAGCAUGGGAAGUGGCCAACAAAGUGGGGGGGAUUUACACCGUCAUCCAGACCAAGGCUCGUCUGACCUGUGAGGAAUGGGGUGAGAACUACUUCCUGGUGGGGCCCUACACCGAGGCCAACGUCAGGACCCAGGUGGAGCUCAUCGAGCCCACCCACCCCGUGCUCCGGAGGACCAUCGAUAAAAUGAACGCCAGUGGCUGCAAGGUGUACUUUGGGCGAUGGCUGAUCGAAGGCAGUCCCUAUGUGGUGCUGAUUGACGUGGGCUUCACCGCCUGGUCCCUGGACCGCUGGAAGGCAGAGCUGUGGGAGAACUGUGGCAUCGGCGUGCCCUGGUUCGAUCGCGAGGCCAACGACGCCGUGCUCUUUGGAUUCCUGACCGCCUGGCUGCUUGGCGAGUUUGUGUCUCAGUGCGAGGAUCCUCCACACGUCUUGGCCCAUUUCCACGAGUGGUUGGCGGGCCUGGGGCUGGUGCUGUGUCGCCAGAGGCAGAUCAACUUAGCCACCAUCUUCACCACUCACGCCACGCUGCUUGGACGAUACCUGUGUGCUGGGAACGUGGACUUCUACAACAACCUCGCAGAGUUCAAUGUGGACAAAGAGGCGGGCGAUAGGCAGAUCUAUCACCGCUACUGUAUUGAGAGGGCGGCUGCCCGCUGCGCUCAUGUUUUCACCACCGUCUCUCAGAUAACGGCCAUCGAGGCCGAGCACCUCCUGAAGAGGAAGCCAGACAUCGUCACCCCCAAUGGACUGAAUGUGAAGAAGUUCUCAGCCAUGCACGAGUUCCAGAACCUGCAUGCCCAGAGCAAAAACCGCAUCCAGGAGUUUGUCAGAGGCCACUUCUAUGGCCACUUAGAUUUCAACCUGGACAAGACGGUGUUCUUAUUCAUUGCUGGACGUUACGAAUUCUCCAACAAAGGUGCAGACGUCUUUCUAGAAGCUCUGGCCAGACUGAACUAUCUGCUGAGGGUAAACAACAGUGAUACCACUGUUAUUGCCUUUUUCAUCAUGCCUGCAAGGACCAACAACUUCAACGUAGAGACACUGAAAGGCCAGGCCGUCAGAAAACAGCUCUGGGAUACAGCACAGACCGUUAAGGAGCGCUUUGGGAAAAAGCUCUACGAAUCACUAUUAGUUGGUCAGCUGCCGGACGUGAGCAAGAUGCUGGACAAGGAGGACUUCACCAUGAUGAAGCGCGCCAUCUUUGCCACGCAGCGGACGUGCCAGCCGCCCAUCUGCACGCACAACAUGCUGGAGGACAGCAACGACCCCAUCCUCAACUGCAUCCGCCGCAUAGGCCUCUUCAACAGCUCCGCCGACAGAGUCAAGGUGAUCUUCCAUCCAGAGUUCCUGUCGUCUACAUCCCCACUCCUGCCCAUGGACUAUGAGGAGUUUGUGAGGGGCUGCCAUCUUGGAGUCUUCCCCUCCUACUACGAGCCCUGGGGCUACACGCCAGCUGAAUGCACUGUCAUGGGAAUUCCGUCCAUCUCCACAAACUUGUCCGGCUUCGGCUGUUUCAUGGAGGAGCACAUAGCAGACCCCUCUGCCUACGGUAUCUACAUCCUGGACCGGCGGUACCGGGGCGUGGACGAGUCGUGUAACCAGCUGACCACCUUCCUCUACCAGUUCUGCCAGCAGAGCCGCCGGCAGAGGAUCAUCCAGCGCAACCGCACAGAGCGCCUCAGCGACCUGCUGGACUGGAGAUACCUCGGCAGGUACUACAUAUCUGCACGCCACAUGGCUCUGGCCAAGGCCUUCCCUGAUACCUACAUGUACGAACCACAAGAUUCCACUUCUGUGUCGGGAUUCCGGUACCCGCGUCCGGCCUCCGUGCCCCCCUCCCCGGCCCACUCCCUGCACUCCUCCCCGCACCACAGCGAGGCGGAGGACAACGAUGAGGACGAGCCGUACGACGAGGACCUGGAGGCCGAGAAGGACCGCGUCAACAUCCGCCAGCCCCUCCUGGCCACCCACCGGCUCUCCCUCACCAGCAACUCCCUGCUCUCCAACUCCCUGGUCUCCAACUCCACCGCCACCACCACUGACAACCCCACCCCCAUCACCAAACCUACCGCCACCCCCACUGACAAUCCUACCCCUAUCACCAAACUUACUGCCACCCCCACUGACAACGAUGUCCCCACCCUCGCCCCCACUCCACCCGCCACUCCAGCACCCGCCGCCUGCCCCAUCCCCACCAUCAAACCCACAAUCGCGCCCAAACCCACUGUCCCGCCCAACCCCACUGUCACCCCCGCCAACAA